AUGGCAAACCCGGAGGGUCAAGUGCCAGGUUUUGAUUCAAUGGAGGUGGUCCGCGGAUACAGGGUGAUCAAGUGCGAUGAUCAACUCUCCCUUAACUUCCUGCAAACAGUUGUGGGCAAGAUCCUGAACGACUGGGAAGGUUUGAGGCUCAAACUAAUCCCGGCCAGCGAAAUCCCUCGACGGCCGAGGGCUCGCAUCUGGAUACCGAACAUGGAUUUGGAAGCUAAGCAACUAAUUGCAUACUUGCAGGCACACAACCGCACUGUUCCGAUGGAUGACUGGAGCAUCAUCAAAGCGGAGGCUCCGCAAAAGAACAGUGUGUCCUUCCUUCUCCAAAUAUCGGAGGAGAGCAUCGAGCCACUGGGAAAAGUGGACAACAAACUGAGGUUCGGCGUUAGGAAAACGCAACUGAAGAUAUUGCGCUCUGCAAAUCCGGAGGAUGAACAGGACGAGGUUGACGGCGCCAACGAGUUUCUCACGGGCAUGCAACUUGAUGACGCUGCAUCCACCAAAAGCGAUGGCGCUAACGAGCAGCACCCGGGAGUGCAGCUUGGUGACGCCGUCAAUUUGUAA